CCACAGCUCCUUCUCUGUAUAACAGUGUAGCUGUCUGUUGUGCCUCGCUCUGUUUGGCGGUUCAGAGUAGAAGGUUAAAAUGCACAUGAUAACGAGAAGCUGCGUCCUACUGUUGUGGUCGCAAUUAAUGACUUCUGUAUCAUCCCAAGACUGUACACUGGAACAGUUUAUAAAGAGCGCUCACUUUGACUCAAAUUUUGACAUAAGUGGUUUGGGUGCCACUUACAGCGGAGGAAAACAAGUGAGAGUUCCCUGCAGUUCUGGCUAUACUGGCUUUUUCAGGUUGAUCUGUUCUGAGGGGAACUGGAUGACUGCUGGCAAAAAAUGUGAACCGAAAUCAUGCGGACAUCCCGGAGAUGCACCAUAUGCAGAUUUCCGACUUGUGCAAGGAGAUGAUUUUGUGUUUGGAUCUGAAAUUGUUUAUGAGUGCAAUAGAGGUUAUCAGAUGGUCAGUCGGUUUAACCGCAGGCGCUGCUUGGCAGAUGGCUGGGAUGGCAUCAUUCCAGUGUGUGAAGCCAUAAAAUGUCCAGUCAUUCAUGCAGACAAUAAUGUACAUAUUUUCGGGGAUGCAGAAGAAGCCACAUCUGGCAAUGUUGUUCGGUUUAGCUGCAAGUCAAAUGCAGAAAUCUUGUCUGGGUCACAAGAGAUUUUUUGCAAGGAUGAUGGGGAGUGGAGUGACCCUGUUCCAAAAUGCAAAGCAAUAGGAUGUUCCGUCCCUCAGAUUGAACAUGGCCGUGUGCUUGGUGCCGCUCAGGAAUACAAAGAACAUGAAAUCUUACAUUUUAGAUGUGACUCUACUUAUAAAUGGGCUGUUGAGAGAACUCCAAGAUGCACAAAGACUGGACAAAAAGCUAACUGGAUUCCCACACCUGCAUGUAAAAAAAUUCAAUGUGAACUGACUUUGGCAUCAAUCCGUGGGACAACCUACAGCCCUCCAAACAAAAACAUGUAUUCACCUGGAGAAACAGUGAGAGUCACAUGUGGGGAGAAACACUGGAUUCUGGACAUGCAAACAACGGAGGCUGAUAUUACUUGUGGAGUCACUGGAGAAUGGAAUUCAAAUCCAAUAUGCCAAGAGGUUACAUGCCCAUACCAAAUACUAGAAGAACAUUUGUAUAAUUAUGAAAAUGCUCGGGGCAAAAACAAAUUAGGUGACAGAAUUUGGUAUCAAUGUGCCAGUUACUACAAUCCUGCAAAUUCAGACCGCAUGGCAACGUGCACCAGAGACGGAUGGACACCGAAACCACUUUGUGUUGGGACACGGUGUGAAAACCCUAACAUUAAAAACUCCAGAAUUAUCAGAGGUUAUAAAAGAACCUACAACCAGGGUGACCAAUUUACAUACCAAUGUUUGAGAGGGAAUCAGGAAUCAGUUACCAUCACCUGUAAUCGAGGAGCCUGGAACGGGAUAAUACAAUGUACAGAUGUGCCAGUUUGCCAGAAACCCGAAAUUACUAAUGGAUUUGCAGUUGAAUCCACUAACGGCACAAUUUACUACACCUGUAAUGAAAAUUUCAAACUUCCUACCAAAAGCUGGUGGGGUUAUGCCAAAUGUGAAGAUGGGGGGUUUGGUCAACUUCAUUCAUGUAUAGCAAAGACAUCGUGUGGAGAGCCUCAAGCAAUUUCCAAUGGAAAAGUGACAGUUUUAAGUAAUCGUGGUAAGAUUGAAUGCAAUGAAGGAUACUUUGCAGUGAUUCCUGAACUAACUUGUGAAAAUGGAAGAUGGAAUUAUCAUGGCCAUUCAUCAAAAAAAAUCUGCAAUGCAACUGCUCAACACUGUGGCCCACCACCCAAAGUUGAGAAUGCAAUUGUCACCGUUUCAUACCAGAAGGAAUACUUGCAUGGCUCCUCUGUGACUUAUCAGUGCCGUGACAAGUAUGUGAUGGAGGAAGAACCCACCAUUACAUGCAGAGACGGGAAAUGGGAAAGGAGUAACAUCACAUGUGCCUCUUUGUGUGAGAAGCUCAGUGAUACCCGACUGAAAGUGAGGGCAGACAUGAUUAAAGAAAUUUACAUGGAAGGAGAAGUGGUUCAAUAUGAAUGCACUACGCCUGGUGCAAAUAAAGAAGGCAACGCAACAUGUCAGAGUGGCAAGUGGACAAUAUCUGAAAAGUGUCCAGGCAUUCCCUGUAAAGUUGACCCACUGAGUGACGGACUGAGACAUUUUGGAAGGGCACCCCGAUAUAAUCUAGUGAAUCCUGGAAAAAAAUUACGUUUUUUGUGUGGAGAUGAGUAUGACAUGCAGGGUUCUGAAGAAGUUCAGUGUUUAGACACGGGGAAGUGGGAUGGCCCGUUUCCAAACUGCUCUGAGAAAUGCAAAAGAUCAGACGUACCCGAUAACAUUCGCAUCAUUUCAUCUAUACAAGGCAAUUUUGUAAGUACAGGAGAUACAGUGUCAUUUGCCUGUCGUCAACAAGAGCACAUCAUGCAAGGGAGUAAAGAAAGUCGUUGUUUGGGAAAUGGAAAGUGGAGCCCUUCCUUACCUCAGUGUGCAGCUGUUGUACAUUGUUCAGCACCACCACUUCUUGAAGAUGGAGACACCAAAUUAUUUCUCAGAUCAAAUGCAGUUUAUCAAACUGGUGACAAAGUUGAAUAUAUCUGUCAGAAUAAGUACAUUAUGAACGGUGACCCAUUUCAAACCUGCAACAACGGUGUAUGGGAAGGAAACAUGAGAUGCAUGAAACCAUGCACUGUGAACGAGGAAUUAUUGAGUCAACAUGGAAUUGACUUUAGAGUUGGUGGUGCAACUAAGUUGUAUGCACCACAUGAGGAUCACCUUACAUUUGUUUGUCUAGGAGGUAAAAGACGGGUUGGCUCUGUGCCGUUGCGUGUUCAGUGUAAUGAUGGUCAGAUGACCCUGCCCACCUGCCAGUAAAGGUUUUCAGGGAACAAGAUAUAAACAUGUAAUCACAAAAAUAUGUAAACUACUAUAGAACCUCAAAAUGCUCAAAAUUAAAUAACAAGCUACUACAUUGUAAAACAAGAAACUACUUUAAUAAAUAACAGAUAAAUAUAUGACAAUGCAAUGGUGUAAUAACUGAAUGAAUAUUAAAUUUCAUGCUCAUUAUUGUAAAAUAUUGUCAUUUUUCAUUCUGUUUUAAAAUGUACUUAUUAAAAUAAAAACAAUUCACUGUAAUUUUCACCCCAAUAGGAACAAUUGCCGUUGCGUCAUUUUUCCUUAAGCUUACCGAACGAUUGGGGUUAAAAAUAAUAAUAAAUAAGUGGCUUGAAAACA